AUUUUGAUAUUAAUUAGAUCUAGAUUAUAUAUUUUUACUGUGUAGAAGAAUGGAAGAUGAUGACGAGGAAGUUAUUUUUGAGAACUCCGUUCUACACAAAGCACUGAUAGAAAAUGGAUACACGGAUUUUGAAACUGUUCCCAGAUCUUCCAACACGAGCGAUCAGUCAAAAGGGGAGGAUGACAAGUUUAUUAAUAGCCAGCCUGGAUGUGAAAGAAAAUCUUACACUUAUAAGGUGGACUGGAUGAGUCGUUUGUUGCUCCCACCCAGUCUAUUGAAUGAGCUGCAUGAGAAACAUCAGCAUCAAACUUUGAGGGGCCUUAUAUCAUCAAAUUUGCUAUCAGAAGAGGACAAAUCAUUUCUAGAAUAUUUUAUUGACGAUGCACCGACGGAGCAAGUGAAGAACAGAUUUUGGAUUGUCCCUAUUCUUGUCCUGCUUCUUGUCACUCUAGCAGUUGUCAAUGCAAUGAGGUUUUCAGGAGUGAUCUCCCAUUGGUUGAUUAUGUUAUGCAAGGGCUUUCCCUCCCUGAUGUUUAUCUUCCCUUAUAGGGAGCUACUGUCCACUCUAUUGGCGCACUUACUUUGCCUGUUUGUUUUUGCCUUAGCAUUGGCCUAUCUCAGAUCCAGAGCUUACAAAAAGGUGUUAGCUGAGUUGGAGGAUAAGGUCAAGUGUGUAGCAGAUUUACAACAAGAGGCCUGGGAGUUGAUGCACCUGGAGAAAAAAUGUUUGCGUCUGGUCAAAGAAUCAGAACUGGUGGCUAGAGGAUUUACUUUCGCCACCCAACUUUACGCCACUUCUGGCCGCAGGCUUGACCAGCUCAGCUGUCUGGAGCUCAGGCAAGCCUUACUGGAUGAAAACCUGGCCCUGAUGGCCAUCUUGAAAACCUGUGUUGGCAACAUGAUGACCAAUUUACCAAUGAUUUGUAAAGACUCAGACUAUAACACCUUGGACACGCUAGUUUCUGAUCUGGUUAACGACACCCGACAACACGAUGACCAGUGGAACAAGUUGUUGGGAGAUGGCUUACAGGCUGCUAUGUGCAGUCAAUCCAACAUGGGAGUUGUUUCCCCUGCUCAGCUUACAGCUUUAUACACCUAUGUUUCAUACCUGAGAAGUGAAAAUGGACUUGAUUAUGUAACAGAUAAUUCCAACUUUCUUAAUUUAUCAUUCACUGAAAGUCUGACUGACAGUGAACAUCAUUGUGUUUUUAACCUGUUUUUAAUCUUAGUGAAGUGUGUAGAUUUGGUUAAUGUUCAUAUUUCUGGAUUACUGAGGCGUCUAGUACUUUGUUUUUAUAGUCAAAAUUUUCAAGACAGAAGCAUCAACCCUUUCACGGCUUCUGCUGCUUGUGUUCUUGAAGCCAAAAAAGCCUUUCAGAAAGCAAGAUCAUCACUGACUCGGACACACAACUACUCGCGUGCCAUUCACAUAUCCAAGUCUGAGGAGUCCAGCCAACCUAAGAUGAACCCGGCCAACAAGACCCAGCUCAGCAACCUGCAUGGCUGCAUCAAGAGCCUUAACCUUCACGUGCAGAGCAUGCACACUCUGACAAAGAAUAUGUUGGAGGCUCUGGAAGAAAAGGUGGAUGAUGAGGCCCGCAGGAUUGAAGCUGGUGAAAAACUUGGCUCGACUCUGAACAUCAGCAUGGAGGAGAGAGAGAUGUGGGACGUCGACCUCAAGCUGAUGAGUGCUAGGUUGGACUUCUGCAACACUUGCCAUGAAGAGGCAGUGAAGAUCAUGCAUCAUAAGCAUGUCGUAGUUUCAGUGUUAGAUGAACCAGUAAGACCAAGUGCUUACAGAAAUGUCAUCAUCAACCAACCCUAUGCAAGGGCAGCUGAGGAUUACAUCAAUGUUGACCAAGUUUUGGUUGGUACAGGUGAUGGAGAUGACCCAUGGGAUAGUAGACCAAUCUACACUGCUGAAGAAAAGGUGCUGAGGAGAGAGACCAGGGACCAGAUGAGGAGAGACGGGCCGGUCAAGCUGCGUCCGUCCCUGACCCCAGUAGCUGGAGACAUCAGCUUGGUUGAUGAGGAGGAAACGUCUGAGAAAGUGAAAGUAAUGGUUUCCGUCAAGGCUUUGACUAAACACCGCCAUUCGGAUCAGCUCAUAUUCAAAAUGGAUACCUCUGGCAGUGAUCCUUCUUCCCACAGCAGCAAGUUUUCUGUAGGGGAUGAUUCAGGGUCACUCCCUUCAUCCACAGCUUCAAACCCUGAAGAGACUGCGAUUAGUUCGGCAAUGGAGAUCGUGGUUGAAAAACCCAGUGCAGCAGCAGCAGUCUCUAGCGCUGAUGAGAAAAAGUUGAGGGCCAAGCAGAAGAAACAGGCCAAGCUGUUGAAGUUUCAGGCUGGUGGGGUGAGUGACAUAGAGAGGCAGGACAGAAGCUAUUGGAGCCGCUGCCGCAGGAUGAUCAACGUAGACUCUACCAGCACCAGUACUGGGAGCACUGGCAGCUUCAGCCCACCCAAUGAGAGAACUGCUCCUGAUCUGGAUUUAUCUGCUGGAUUAUCUACUACCCUAACACUGAAUAGGCCAUCUGGGUUAUCACCACCCAGACAGCGGGACACAUUUAUGGGAAUCUUUGGGCCCCAGGUGCUGGCUACACCCUCACAAAUGGUGGGACCCCAAAGGCAGGAUACAUCUUCUGAAGCAGUGGGACCCCAGUCUCUGGAUGCAUACGCUAGACAAUUGGCAUGCCAAGCACUGGAUGAGUACAAUAAAUUCCUGGCAACAUGCAAGCCUGCUGCAUCAACUGAUGCAUUGGCAUCUGAUGUCAACUGCCCAUUGAAGAUUAACUCGGAUGAAGAAAGCUUCAGGCUACUUUACGAUGCUAAGGCAUCUGGCCAUAACUUUACUGCCAGCAGCAUGGAGGCCAGGAACUUGCAAGCACCUGGGGGAUUGCUGCAGAGAAGCCUGGCUCCACUGGCGCUGGGCGGUGCCAACUACCAACCUGAGGAAUAUGAUUCUGACAAUGGGGAGAAGAUCCCACGCAGUGAGGCAGUGCUGGACAAAGAUGGCAAGCCAGAGGUGUUUGGCCAGCAAGACGCUAAUGCCAGGGGUGUCGCAGCCAAUCGCACCCCUUCACCUGAUCGAGACUUUAAUAUCAGGGGUGUUCCUGCCAAUCCCACCCCUUCACCUGAUAGAGACUAUAAUAUCAGGGGUGCUCCGGCCAAUCCCACCCCUUCACCUGAUAGAGACUAUAAUAUCAGGGGUGUUCCUGCCAAUCCCACCCUUUCACCUGAUAGAGACUAUAAUACCAGGGGUGCUCAGGCCAACCCUAUUCCUUCGCCUGAACGCGUGUCCAGCUUCAACCAAAGCGUGGCCAUUUUGGCUGCCCAGAAGGCAAAAGCUUUCAUCGCAGCAGGGAUGGAGGAGGAACAGUUUGGGGAUGUUUCUUCAGAUUCCUCAUAAGCUGCCGACAUGGUACUCUUGGACCAUGUUCCAAGACAUUUUUAGGGCAGAGUGUACCUGGUGUAGAUGCUUGUAGCUAAGGGACUAAACUGAGAUGUGCAAUAAACUUCAGCUGUGAUGGCCUGGCUGUUAUACCAAUGUCUUUCAAAAAACUUCCUCAGUUUAACUUGGCUACAAAAUUUUAGGCCAGCGCACCUGUUUACAAAGAUUUUAAUUUUAUAUAUUUUUAAAAAUUUUAAUUGUAAAGGUGUAUUGUAAGUUAAAUAUCCUAAUGAAAACUCAUGGAGUGUUGUAAAGGAAACUUGAGUGGAGGAUUAAUGGCAGAACUGGAUUGAUUAAAGCAUGAAGUUUGAAUGUGAUAUGGUAAAAGAGAAAAGGAAAUGCUGUGUGGUUGAGUGUAGUAAAGUUGACUACAUGGAAAUGUUGUGCAACUGGGCAUAAUAGUGUUAAAAGACAAUGUGUAAUGUAGAAUGCCAGAGCUAGUCAGUAAUCUUUUGAAUGGAGUGAUAAUUAGGCUUAUUUUUAUGUGCUUUAAUCAUUUUGUUUUAAAUGUUAAAACAAAGUUUAAACAUUGUCAUAGCUUAGUUAGUUAGAAAAAUUUGAAAUGUAGAUAUGUUUAGACAAGUUUUUGGUUGUUUUGCUUAAAAAAUUUAAAUUAUGAAGCUAUGACAUUGUUAGAGUAAAAAGAAGAGGAAAUUUUUAGGGCUAGGAAGGUUUUAUUAGUUUUUUUUCUUCCUUGCUUGUAAAGAUGUUAGGUGGAAGUUUUAAACUUUGUUUUGAAAUAUUUUAAUUGUAAAGUCCUUAAUUGUAAUUUGUAAAAUUUUCAAUAACUUGUAGGAGCUUAAAUGAAUGUUGCUGAAGUGUUUGGUUAAUAUGUGAGUAAAAUGGUUUUAGAGAAUGGUUCAGUGUUAAUGCGUAAAAGUGUUAAUAACUGAGUGUUAAGUGGUUAAAAUGUAUGUUGGUUAAUGUCUGGUUGUGAAGUUGAGUUAAUGUUUGGGUGGUGAUUUGUAGGAGUAUUGAACAAGUUGUUGAAAUCUUUUUAAUAUUUUUAACUUUCUAUUGGUCAAGUAAAAAGUGUGGGUAUUUGAAUAAAAGCUUGGUUUAUGGAGUGUAUGAAUAAAUGGAUGGCAAUAGAAUGGUCUUCAGCAGCAUUAACAAUUCUACUUGGACAAAUUCAGUGUGGAUGAGGUUAAUGUUGAAUGGAAUGGGAGCACUUUGCUCUGUGUGAAACUUGAAUGGUAUCUGGUUGAAAUACAAGGUGAGAUGGAUAUUUGGAUGUUGUAUUGUAGCGGCUGCUGAUUAAAUGGUUUUUACUUGUUUGA